AGGAAAUAGAAAUUUGGGCAAAGAAACCGCAAUUAUAAUCACCGCAUGUAUACAGAGUCUAUCCAGAAGUUCCGUAGAGGGGGCAAAAAUGGCCAUAGCAGUGGGUUCUCUAACAGCAACCUUCGCCUCUCUAUCGAUAUCAUCACAAACCCUCCAUCGUAAAUCCCUGCUGGGAAUGCCCCUCAACAUACCAAAACUGAAGCUUUGUAACGAGAAAAAAAUAUCAAGGGGAUUGAAAUUGAAAGCAGUUCCAGUGACUGUGUGUUCAGCUGAGGAAGAGGACCUCACAAAAUAUGUCAAGUCGAAGCUACUGGGAGGGUUUGCAGCGCAGAGAAUAAUGGGGACGGGCCGAAGAAAGUCUGCUGUUGCACGCGUUGUUUUGCUCCAUGGCACUGGUCAGAUCAUCAUCAAUAACCGCACUGCCCAGGACUAUCUGCAAGGAAAUCCGCUUUGGCUCCAGUAUCUUAAACAUCCUCUUGCAUUGCUAGGUUAUGAAAACAAAUAUGAUGUGUUUGUCAAGGCAAGAGGAGGUGGGCUUUCCGGCCAGGCGCAGGCCAUUUUACUAGGAAUUGCCCGAGCUUUAUGUGUAGCAAGUGCAGACAACAGGGAUCCUCUUAGGAAGCAGGGGCUUUUGACGAGAGAUUCAAGAAGGGUUGAAAGAAAGAAAGUUGGUUUACACAAAGCUCGCAAAGCUCCACAGUACUCAAAGCGUUGAGUACAUCUACUAAGCAAUUUUUUUCAGCGUUGUAAAUUUUAUUUUCUUGGAAGGUUCUGCAUUGGCUCUUCUAUUGUGUCUAUAUAGCCGAGUAAAUGUUCAGAAGAAAUUCUGAUCUCCAGCACCUUUCUGAUGGUAAGAGCUUAUUCAAGGUUGUAUUUAUUGGAUGGUGUGUGGUUAGAUCUAGGAAUCAGAGCAAGAAGAACGAUGUGAGCAUUGUUCCGAGAUGUUAGAACUGUUGUUUUUUACUCAAGGGACACAACUGCUAUUCUAUUGUUUUGAGGAAUAUUGGUUAUUUAACACUCUUACUCUUGAAGAUUCCGAUAAUGACAGUUAAAUUUUUAGAAACA